AUGACAAAUUUUCAUGCAUCGUUAAUGGAUGAGGAUGAGGAUACAUUGGUCAUGGGAGGAAAAAAUUUAUCUAGUUAUUCUAAACAAAAUCAAGUGAAAAAGUUAUCAAGUGAUAAACUGUGCCAUGACGGAAGUUCACCUUUACGAGGAUUUGUCUUGGCAUCACGUCCUGUUCCACUUGAUAAAUGGUUUGCUCCGCCAAUUCUACCACAAGGGUUUGUACCUAUACAUGAACUCAAUUCCGAAGCAAUAGAAAAGAAAGAUACACCAGUCUCAUUUCAAAAUAGCAAACAUCAGAAACAGACAACGUUAGCUAUUUUGGCUGAACAGCGUGGUGAAUUAUUAGGAGAAACUCCUCUGAACGCCCCAGCUAGAUCAGUUUUUGAUUAUGUUUCCCGGAAAGAUAAAGAUAGAUUGGAUAAUCUAAUUGGGUAUAUGAUUGAUACUACAGGCGAUGUUCAGAAAAAGUCUAGUGAAUUAGAAAUCCCGAAAGUGGAUAAAGACGUUGCUUUAGCAGCUUUGCAAGGGUUUAUUCCAUUUGAAAAUGAUAAGAAGAAACAGGCAAGGUACAAACAAUUUUUAGAGGUACAGGCCGAAUUGAGUGCUGUUCCUUUGAAACAACCUGAGGAUUUUACCUUUGAACAAUUUAUCAAAGAACUUGAUGAAUUCGCGCAAUCUGCGAGAAUAUUUCGUCCGAUGUCAAAAAUGAUGGCUUCCCGUUUUACCAAUGCAAAAUCCGUAGAUGAUUUUAAACACCCAGAAGAAGAUACUCGAUUUGCUUCAGAGUCUUCUAAUAAAUUACAUCAGGAUGAUGCUAGUAUUCAAGUUUCUUUAGAAUCAGCCGGAUCAUCAGCCGAAGCUGCAGCUAGGAUGAAUAUGUUUGGGCCUCUUACAAGAGUCAGGACAAAUUUUUAUCCUGCUCGUCUUUUAUGUAAGCGGUUUAAUGUUGCAAACCCACAUCCCGAUUAUCAAUAUGAUAAUCAAUCUGGAAAAACUCAAAAAGGACAGAAAGAUGUACUCAGCAAAGAAACCAUGAAUGACAUUAUUGGGAAACAAGAUUCGCAAAAUUUUAUGGAAUUUACAAGUUCUAAUUAUAAAAGUCAAGUAAAUAUUGAUGAUGAUAAAGCCGAUACGUUGAGAUCAACCGAUGAUGUCAAGGAAGAAGUCCAGAAAACUAGACCUGCUAUGGAGCUUUUUAUAUCUAUAUUUGGCGAAUCAGAUUCUGGAGAUGAAGAUGAAGCUCCGAAACAUAAGGAACCGCCAAAUAUGAUUAUUGGAACUAUGGAUGAUACAAACUUGAUUGAGGAUGAAAAAUUAUCUCCUGCACCGUCAGAAAAUGUAGAAGCAGCAGCUACCAUACCAUUUCGACCAAUGUUCAAAAAGAAAACGGAUCGAUCAGAAAAAGUAUUAUCCAACGAAUCAACAGAAGUAUCUCAAUCACAGUCGAUACCUCCUAAAGGAAGGAAAAAAGGACCCGUAACUCGAGUAUCGUUAUCAUUCGAUGAUGAUACAAAGAUUGGUCCAUCCGUAAAACGAAAACAAACUGAAACUAAGUCUAGCGAUAAUGAUAGUUCUUCGUCGGUAGAGUCUGGCGAAAAAAAUGAUUCCUUAUCACGUCGUGAACAUAAGCAUUCUCAUAGCCGUCAUAAACAUUCAUCAUCUAAGAAACGUAAAAAGAAAAAGAAGCAUUCAAAAGGUUACGACAAUUCAAAGAAAAAAGAUAAAAAAAGAUCAUGCGAAGGUAGUGAAGACGAAAGAUUUAAAAGCAGUAAAAAGAAGAAACGUUAUGGAGAGGAAGGUAGUGGCCAUGAUAGAAGUGGAAAAUACCAUCGCAAUAAAAAUUAUCGUCAUCAAGAAGUAACAAAACCAGUGGAUAAAGCGAAAGAAGACGCGAACGACAAAAGAAUUGAAACGCAUUCAGAAAGACUUGAAGAAAGUAUAAUAGAUAAACGUGAAGAACAAACAACCUAUUUAACAGAAUCGAAAGAAAAGCAAAUUACUUCGCCGCAAUCAAAAAAUGAUAAUAAAAUGUCAAAUACUAGUAGUAGUCGGCCAAGAGCAAUGGAUUUAUGGUGA